AUGAACGAAAGUUUGUUUUCAUCAAAUCAGAAAUCUCAAAUAGAUGAACUGGAUACGUGGUCUCCUAUCCAGCUCGCCGCUGCACAAGGAGACUUAUGCCAAGUAAAGCGGCUCUUAACUCAAUAUUCAGUGGACCCCAAUGAGCCCCCUAACGGUUACUAUGGGCAGACAUCCCUUCAGGCCUCUUCAUUUAAUGGACAUCUCUCUGUUGUUCAAGCACUUUUAGCGGCCGGAGCAGAUGUUGACGCUCCUGGAGGAAACAACGGGGGCCAGACAGCGGUUACGUUGGCCUCGAAAGCGGGGCAUCUAAACAUCGUCUGUCAUUUGGUCUCUGCAGGGGCAGAUAUCAAUCUCCCAGCCUACAGAUAUUCGGGACAAACCACUCUUCAAGCAGCGGCUGAGGAGGGUCAUAUUGAGUUGGUACGAUGGCUACUCAAGCACGGCGCAGAUGUAAAUGCGUCUCCCGCUAAGACUCGAGGCCGCACUACGCUCCAAGCUGCUGCAUCUGAAGGGCAUGCAGCUAUUGUGGAAAUUCUUCUCCAACACAAUGCCCAUUUGAACGCCCCUGCCGUAAGGUGGAGUGGCCUGACGGCUCUCCAAGGUGCGGCUUUAGGGGGUCACAGUCGGAUCGUCCGUCGAUUGCUAGAUGCAGGAGCUGAUGUGAAUGCCCAAGGCUCACAUUUCAACGGAUAUACAGCGCUUUCAGCAGCGGCAGAAGGUGGUCACUAUGAAAUUGUACAGAUGUUGCUAGAUGCCAACGCUGAUGUCUCUCUCACAUCGGGGAAUAAAAAUCGGACGGCAGCACAGAUUGCGAGCUCCCGAGGGCACGGUGAUAUUGUGCAGUUUCUAAGACAGACUACACAAUCAGAGUGUGAGUUUCGUGAAUUUCGUUUGGUGCCACUAGAAAAACGUCCAACCCAUAUUCCAUCCAGUCAGGGCUCCGCUGUAUGA